ACGCCGGAUCAUGAGUUUCGUGUGCCACCAUUAGGAUUUCUUUUAAAACCACUCACCCUGAACACGGCCACAAUGCCUCGAUCUUUUCUCGUCAAAAAAUAUUUGAAACAAAAGUACGAUGCGGACUUUAAGCUGCAGCAGGAGCUUGCUGGCGCGGGCAGCGAAAACAGCAAUGUCAGUGACAGCAAUGUGUUGGACAGCAAUGUGUUGGACAGCAAACCUGUCUGGGACAGCAAGCCUGUCUGGGACAGCAAGGACACGGGACAGCAGACAGCCGACAGCAUCAAAGCGGCCACACCUUUCACCCAGCCGUUAGCAGUCCGCCUCAGUAACGGCUACAUCCUUGACGUCACACCGACCCACCAGCCGUGUGGUGACGCCGAGAGUCAGCACUCAGUGGCCAGGACGCCGGAGUCAGCAGCCAGAGAGAACGUCAUGCCUAGACGCAGCGUCAUCGUAACCAACAGCAACCACCCAGCUAACCGCCACCUACAGACUGACCGCUACUCCCCCUGCCCCGCCCACCUACAGACUGACCGCUACUCCCCCUGCCCCGCCCACCUGUACAAGAACCCCACCCCCCACAACGAUUCUCAACCCUUAGAUCUAGUCCGAGCCCAACCAGCACACAUGCCGUCCCCACCCCCUGCUCACACCCCGGCCCCACCCCCAGCACACUCAUCCAUCCCCACCCCGGCGCACACAUCCGCGCUGACCCUCCUGCCCGCCCACACCCCUCGGGCCGCCCACUCGCCUACACCGGCCCACCUGAAUCUGUCCCGUCCCCGGCCGGACGUGCUACCUGCCGACCACCCCAUCCACCACCCCCUCAUCCAGCAGCUCAUCAACCAGCGGCUGCACGUGCCAGACGACAGAGACCACUUCCGGUCGGACUACGACUCCCGCCAACAGAAGCUGGAGCAGCCGAUGGAGGAGGACGAGCAGACGAGUGACCACCCGGGUCCACACGAGCAGCACGAAGGCAGGUACGACAGCAGGUACUACUACGUCAGCCACGCCGACGACAUCCGCUACCACAGCUUACAACACCUGCACGAGCGGGGCGUGAGCACUCUGGAGGACGGGCGCUACAGCCCGCGAGAGCUUAGCUCCAUCCCGUCCCUACAGCCCAUCAACCCCAACCAUCUUCCCCCAUCGCCCAGCCCAUCGCUACCAUCCUCAUCCCCCACCCUGCCCGUCGUUGUCUCCACCUACUCUCACUCCCCCGCACCCCCAUCCCCAGCCCCCUCUGCCCAUGCCUCCUCCCCCCCGCCGUCUAGUGACGUCAACACGUUUACCUACGAAGCUUUUCUGGUGAGUGACGGCCGCUCGAGGAAGCGCUCCCUGGACGGGCGUGAGGACACGGGCAAGGUGCGCUACACGUGCAGUGAGUGCGGCAAGGACUACGCCACGUCAUCAAACCUGUCACGACACAAGCAGACCCACCGCUCGCUGGACAGCAAGAGCGCCAAGAAAUGCCCGCACUGCGACAAGGUCUACGUCAGCAUGCCCGCCCUCUCCAUGCACGUACUCACCCACGAUCUCAAGCACUCUUGCAACGUGUGCGGCAAGACCUUCAGCCGACCUUGGCUUCUUCAAGGACACAUGCGCUCACACACGGGGGAGAAACCUUUCGGAUGUGCUCACUGUGGGAAGGCUUUUGCUGACCGCUCGAACCUGCGCGCGCACAUGCAGACCCACUCGGCCUUCAAACACUACGCAUGUGACAAGUGCAACAAGACAUUCGCGCUCAAGUCUUACCUCAACAAGCACCUCGAGUCAGCGUGCGUCAAGGACUGAACCCUCGAGUCAGCCUGCGUCAAGGACUGAAGCGUCUCAGAACGAAUCCAGAAAGUUCUAGUCCAGCCGUUAAAAAACCAAACUAUUUAUUUCCAUUACCCAGACUGUGCUCGUUUGUUUUAUAGCUUUGACAAAAGC